UCCGUCGUCUCCCGCUGUUUUCCCGUUUUUCAGUUUGCAUAUUGUAUCUUUUACUUCUGUAUAGGUCAAUUCUUCUUCUUCACCUUGUUCCGGGUUCAUUAUUGUUUCUCUUUCUUCUUCUACAUCCGUUUCUUGAUACAUUUCUUCGAAAUACUUCUGCCAUGUUUCUGCUUCUAUGGCUACAUUAGCUGUCCGUUUUCUACUACCUAGCUUCAAGUAUUGGUACAGUGGUUUUGAAUUGUGUCUCUUAUUUUCUGUUUCGAUCUCGUUCAUAAUUUCGUCUACUUUUUUAUUUUUCUUUGAUUUAAACAAUUUAUUUGUCUUUUUCCUUUGAUCGUGGUAUUUUUCUCGUUCCUCUUCUUUACCUGUGCUUAGCCAUUUCAAUCUUGUUUUAUUCUUUUCGUCCACUGCUAGUUUGCACUCUUCGUCAAACCAAUUGUUUCUUCUUUCUUUUUGCAUUUUCCAACUACUUUCUCUGCUGCAGUGUUUAUUCCUUGUUUGAUUUUUCUCCACUGCUCCUCCAUUUCUUGUUCCUCCUUGAACUGCAUCUCUACAUUUACUUCUUUUACAAAACUUCUUUUUACUCCUUUAUCUUUCAAUUUAUCUACGUCCCAUCCUCCCUGUGCUUUUCGUCUUUCAUUCUUUGUUGUUUUUAUUUUACAUUUUGCAAUCACUAGCAUAUGGUCCGAAUCGAUGUUUGCCCCUCUGUGAGAUCUCACGUCAUUUAUCGACUGUUUGUGUGACUUUUUAAUAAGUACAUGGUCUAUUUGAUUCCCCUCCAGACUGCCUGGUCUCAUCCAUGUUAUCUUGUGUAUGUUUUUGUGUUUAUAUCUCGUGCUACUUAUGUCCAUGUUUAAUGCCGCUGCUAAAUUACAUAAUCUUUCUCCAUUAUUGUUUGUUGUGCUAUGUAAUGAGUUUUCCCCUGCAACCUCCCUAAAGAAUUUUUCUUUACCUAUUUGUGCGUUGAAAUCGCCUAUAAUAAUUAAUAUAUCUUCUCCCGGGAUUUUUUCGGCAUUUUCUUCUAGUGUUUCAUAGAACUGUUGUUUUAUUAAGUCAUCACUGUUUUCUGUGGGUGCAUAGACAUUUAUUAUGGACAACUUGUUCGGUUUGCUGUUUACUCUUAUGUAUGAUAAUCUUUGACUUAUGGGUUUAAAUUCCAUAACUUUAUGCCUCAUUUCCCCUAACACAAUAAAAGCAGUUCCUCCAUAUCCUUGUUUUUCUUCUCCAGCAUACCAUACUGUAUAAUUUUCUUUUUCGAUUUUUCCAUGUCCCCCCCACCUGGUUUCUUGAAUUCCUGCAAUAUCUAUAUUGUAUUGUUUCAACUGUGUCGCUAGCUCUUCCAUUUUUCCUUCUUCUAGCAGUGUCCUGACGUUCCAUGUUCCAAUUUUUUUUGUCAUUUUUUUAAUUCUCUUCCUUUUUUUUGUAUUUUUCUUAUUAUUUUGAAUAUACCGUGACUCAUUUACCUCUUCGUUUGCAUUGUCUGUUUCCUUUUCAUCCAUCCAUUCUCUUUUGUCUAGUUUUUUGGGACAUUUUCAAUUUCUAUAAGUUUAUUUUCUCUUGCAUUCCAUUUUAGCACUUUGUCAUUUAUUUCUAAUUUCUGGUAUCUGAUUUUUACUUUUGCUCCUUUGCUUCUUUGUUGUUUUGCUAUGUCUCUGAUUUCUUUUUGUAUCUUUGCUUCCUUGAACGUCAGCGCUGCAUCUAUGUAUAUUUCUCUACAGUCUCUUGUGUAUUUGAGUUUACCUUUUUCUUGCAGUAUUUUCUGUUUGUCUUCCCAGCUCUUCGUUUCUAUUAUACAUUUAUUGUAUCCUAUCUUAAACGCACUUUUAACUUCUAUUUUCAGUUGCAGCUCUGUUUCCAUCAUUUUUUGUAUGUUUUCUCUUAGUCUAACUUCAUCUUCCAGAUCUACCUGAAUUCCUGUUAUGAUUAAUUCAUUGCGUAUUUUUUCUUUAUCGAUCUUCUCUAAUCUAUUCUCCAUGAGUGUUAACGCUUUUUUGAGUUCUUCGUUUUCUUUCUCCCAUUUUUGUUCUUUUUUUUCUACUUCUCUUUUUAAAUUUUCUGUUUCUGCUUUGUUUUGCUUAAGCUUCUGCUUAAUAUCUUCCAGUUCGUUUUUCAUAUCCUUGAUUUCAUCUUUAAUCUCUGUUUUGCUUUCCAGGAUAUCUUCUUUAAUUUCUUGCCUCAUCUGGCUCAGCAAUAUCUUAAUCUCCUCCAUGUCCGUUAAUAUUGUACUUACUUUUUUUAUGCGCGUGUCUGGAGCUUUUUUGCUUUUAUGUUGCUCUUCUUUGUCUUCUUCAAUCGAGCUGUCGUGCUCCGGUUUGUGUCUUUUUCCUUCUUUUUUAUUUUCUUCGUUGUUCAUCUAUUUGUCUUGUUGUUUGUUUUCUAGACUGAAAAUCUUUAUCAAUAUAAUGCGAGAAAAAUAUAUUUUUAGUUCACUUAAAGCUUACAAUAUACACAAAAAAUAGGAAAAUGUAACCUGUGUCUAAUAGUAAUUAUUAUUAUUAUUAUCUUCUUAUUUUUAAUUACGUUUUGGUAAGGUCUCAGAUAUUUUGCACACGCCGGCAACGUCGCAGAAUAUUUGGCCGUACUUCUGUUUGCUAAUUUAUUUAUGGCUUUCAGUAAUUAAAUAUUCAUUAAUGUUUAAUUAUACACGUUUUUGUUAUAUUCAAUGUUUGUUGUAUUUGUAACUUAAAAAAAUAUUGUUCUGUAUAAUAUUAUUGCAAAUCUCCUCUCUUACGUGCAUCAAAUUAACAGAAAGAUGACUUACAGUUGAAAUGUUGAAUUCACCACACACUUUGUGAAAAUUUCACCAAAAAUCAAUGUUUACUUCCGUACUAAAACAACUUUUUUCACCAGAGAGCAAAUCAACUUGUGUUCACACCAACUUUUAACACUCGAAUGCAGAGAAUACAUCAGGAUAAUAUAUUCUGUAAUCCAAGUAUUUUGUUGUUAAAGAUGUUCAAAAUUGUAAGCGUUCCAUAACAAUAUAUUAUUAAAAAAUCACUUUAACACUUUUCCUCUUUUCUCGAUUGAGUAUUAGUCUUUGUUGUACAAAUAAAUUAUUACAAUCACUGAAUACAUAGUUAGUGAAAAAAUGAUCACAUUUAUUAACUGAAUUAAUAAUUUGCAAUUAUAAAAAUAACAGUUACCCGAGAACAUUCAAAACCCAUCUCUUUAAAUUAAUGAUGACAUUUUCAAGUAGAAUGACAUUGUAGUAAUGUUUACAUAUCCAUACCAGUGUGAAUUUUACUACACGUAAUUUGCCGUGUAAAGACAGAAAAAGUAGGGAUACACGUAAAAUAUUUGCGAAUUAUGUACCCAUAGCCUUAAAAAAAUAAUCAUAAUGAAUAAUAAAUUUUGUACUUACUGAUAUUAACUAUCGAUUACAAUCUAAUUACUUCUGUGCGUUGUUAAUAUUACAGGAUUCAAUUUCCAACCGAAGUUGCACUAGUAAUCCGCUAGUUGGCGAUACCAGCGAAGCUCACAGCGUAUACGAUAUUGGGUUAUAAGUUUUCAUUAAACAGCUCAUUUGUCAUUCUAUCUGGUUUAAUGACGAAGAAGUUGUGUUUACAAACGGACGGACAGACAGACAUGGAUAAUUCAAGGUUUUCACAUUUUUGUAAAAUGAAUGAAAACAAUAUAUUUGAAAAAUUUUUGUUUACAUAUAAAUUGACAAUGUCAAAUCAUAAUAAUUGUGAUGUCAUUAGGUGAAAUUUCGUCGUCGUCCCGGCAAAGCUCACUAAGUCCACUUUUGCCAAAAUUGAGUUGUACGUUGUACGUUGAGUUGGUUGCCUAAGUCACUGAAUAUGCAUAAGCUCAAAAUUGCCAUUUUGUUGUCAGACAGAAGUCACUUAGGGCCGAUUUCUCAUAUCGAGUUCAACUCCAGUUUAACCUGAACUUUUGGUGAACGACAGUUAAAAGUCAAAAUCGUCUUUCUCAAUUCCCGUUCACGCGAUUUUGGUGGUUUAAACUGCGUUCAAUUUGAACGGUGAAAUUCGGCCGUUCAAGGCGAGUUCAGAUGAACCAAAGGUUUACGCAUGCGUAGUAUUAUUUCAAUUUGACAUGAAACGCUGUCUUGUCAUAAUAAAUAAAUAUAACCUAUUAUUUUAUUAUUGUUAAUUUUACUUGUUAUUACAAAAUAGAUCUGCUGUGGAUAUUAUAACUAAACAUAUUUGUUUGUGUUUAUUUGGUUUAAAAAGUAGUGUUGAGAAUAGAAGAUAUAUUAUAAUGGAUUUCACGAGCGACGAUGAAGAAUUUUUGGAAGUAGUUGAAGAAUUGUUGGAACCUAACAGACAACGUGUAUAUAGGACUCGUGAAAAUCAAUUUGAAAAAUGGGAUGAUACCGAAUUUAGGAAUCGUUACAGAAUGGGAAAAGCAUGUGUUGAACAGAUUGUGGAUAUGAUAUCGGAGGAUAUUUCUUCCAAUACAAACAGGAAUGAGGCACUAACUUCAAGCGAAAUGGUUCUGGUUGCAUUAAGAUUUUUAGCAACAGGUUGUUUUUUAAAAGUGUCUGGUGACUUACAUGGUGUUAGUGAAAGCAGUGUUUGCAGGGCAGUGCAUAAAGUUUGCCAUGCAAUUGCGAUACGUGCAAAUAAUUUUAUCAAAAUGCCCAGAACACAGGAACAAAUGUCAACAGUAAAAAAUGGUUUUUAUUCAAUCGCUAAAUUUCCAAAAUGUGUUGGGGCUGUUGACUGCACACAUGUAAGAAUACAAUCUCCUGGAGGUGACACAGCAGAACUCUACAGAAACAGGAAAAAUUUUUUUUCUUUCAACAUUCAGCUGAUUUGUGACAGUGAGUUGAAUAUUCAAAAUAUUGUUUGUCGCUGGCCUGGAAGUGCACACGAUUCGCAUAUUUUCAGAUCUUCGAGGAUCAAAGAAGAAUUUGAAAAUGGUGAUUUUGGAAAUUCAGUUAUUGUAGGAGAUAGUGGUUAUGGCAUAAAACCUUAUCUUAUUACUCCUUUAGCAAAUCCACGAACUCCAGCUGAAAAUUUGUUUAAUGAAUCGCAGAUUCGCACAAGAAAUCCAAUUGAACGAUGCAUUGGGGUAUGGAAGAGAAGAUUCCCUGUGUUAGCAUAUGGUCUUCGUGUGAAAUCUACAAAAGUUGAAGCCAUUGUUGUCACAUGUGCUGUAUUGCAUAAUAUUGCAAUGGCAAACAAUGACAAUAUGCCUGAUGAGAUACCAUUUUUCCAGCAAUAUGUAGCUGAAACUUUUGUAGAAAAUGAAAUAAACAUGUUCAAUCAUAAUCGUGAUAAUACAGUGAGGUUAUCGUUAAUUAACUAUUUUGAUAGUUUGAUUGAAAAUUAACUAAGUUUUUUCUAGUCCAUGAAAAAGAGUUGUUUUGUGGGUUAUAAUUUUCUAGAAAAAGAUUUCUGCUUUGUGAUAUUAUGUAUACUCCAUCUAAUUUAUUUACCGUUGCACGUCAUCCGCGUCAUAGCCCGUGACGUCACAUGAUACCAACACAAAAUAUUUAGGCGGCAGGUGUGUUCUUUUUUGCACUUUGCCGAGUACACUGGCAUUACAGCCACUAGACAUAUUUUAUUAUAUACGCGUGGAAAUAAUAUUUAAAGAGUUCUAUUAUUGUCAACUUAAAGAAAUACACAAUAAUGUUUCAUUUAAUUUGUAUAAAUGGAUUAUACAGCGUUUUUAUGAAGCACAUUUGUUCGGAAUACACUGUAACUAUAAUCGAAUGCAGGUGAUAUUUAGGCAUAAAUUGGUAACAUUUAUUUGACAGUUGUGGUGAUGACACUUCAUAUUUGUUUAUAUUCUUUACUAUAAGUAUUUCUUUCAUUAUAUUUACCUUUUUUAUUAUAUACUUUAACGUAAGAUUAUAACUUCAUUCUUGUUUUCUAUUUCUAAAGUUUUUAUUUAUUUACAUUGAAUAUUAAUUUGUUCUGCUGUAUAAUCCACUUCCGCAAAAAUUGUGUGAUGUAUUUGAUUUAAAAUGAAUUCAAGAAUUUUUUGUAAUUGGGCAGCAAUGUCAACUUAGAUCUCUAAUGUAGAUAAUGAUGUGCAACGGUAAGUAAAUUAGAUGGACUGUAUAUUGGUACACUUGAUUUUUUUGGUAUGUAGUGAACUUUUAUUAGUGAUUUUAUACUAUAGGUAAUUAUUUAUGUUUUAAAUCCUAAGUUUUAUUGUAAAUUUUAACUGUUAAUGGGGUUAUCCCGUAUAAUAAUAAAUAAAUAUACUCUUCAUACAUAACGGUAAAGUUAUUAGUUUUAGAGAUAUCUGAAGUUAAUGAAAUGGCACUGUUAUUUUGAUUAAUGUAUUAUGCCUCUUCGUUUUUAAUUUUAAAUAUCUCUAAAACCAAUGAUUUUAUCGUUAAGAAUUAAGAGUAUGUCAUUUACAUACAAAGAAUAACUUAUUUCAUCAAAUUAAAAAAGUUUCCCAUAUGGUGCCGACUUAAUCGGACACCCUGUAUAUAUUAAAAUAUUAUAAUAAUUUUUUUCUAUGGCUAAUUUUAUAAUUAUAAUACAAAUAUAGUCUUCCCAUUUUAAAUAUUUUCUUUUUAUUACAUUUAUUCCUACUCUGUAUUUAUAUUACCUGAUAAAUAAAUAAAAAAAUUUUUAGAA